CCAAUAUAGUAAAACCCCCCAUCCACACUACACCACCACCUCACUCGAAAACGCUAUGUAUUAUCAAAAGACCAUGCUCAUCGUCUUCGUCACUGUCUUUUUCAUGUUUCUCACAUCGGACUUGGUUCUUCAAGUUAAGCAAACUUCAUUAAGUCAUGGCCUACUCAAUGCACUCUUUCCUCCCAACCUAGAUUUCAAAAUAAGCAGUAAUGACGCAAGUGAAGGUGGAGACAAGGUCAAAGAAGCUGUGACUACGAGUCUUGAGAAAGGGAAGGCUGCCGUUGAAGAAUCUGCCAAAUCCGCUGCCGAUGUAACCAAGGGAACUGCACAAAAGCUCAAGGACACCUUCUCUUCUUCUUCUGACCUCUGAAGAACUACUCCUUUUUUUUUUCUGUAUGUAUCUCUUCUAAAACAGCAAGCAAAUAAAAACUACAUUCAUUUA